AUGUCGGCUGCGUAUCUGCUGUAUUGCGGUAUUUGCAUCACCGUACUCAAGGAACUGAAUUCGGUUGUGUUAGAACCGUACAUGGAUGAGCCCUUUCAUAUUCCUCAAGCGCAAGCCUAUUGCCGUGGAGAGUUCACCACCUGGGACCCCAAAAUUACCACUCCUCCUGGCCUAUACAUAACGAGCCUAAUGCUGAAAAGCGUGUUUCUGUUCAAAUGCACCGUUCCAAUGCUUCGGCUCACUACGACACUGAUCUUGCUGGCCUUGCCUCUUGUGUUGACGCGACUAUUGUGCUUUCAUCAGCGUGUCCGGCCUCCUUCCAUCCUUUCGCCUACCUUGGAAUCCCUUGUUUUGGCUUCGUUUCCUAUAGCAUGGUUCUUCGGGUUUCUCUAUUACACCGAAGUCCCUAGCUUGGUUUGUGUAGUGUUGACAGUUGUCGCUGCAGCGGAGGGGCGUCACUGGUUAGCCGCGCUGAUAGGGCUCAUCAGCUGCACAUUCCGUCAAACUAAUAUUAUCUGGGUUAUUUACGCCUUUGUCUCGAGCCAGCUUAUGGAGAUGCACUUCCGCCGUCCCACUCCUGGCUCUUCUCAGGGAAGCAAACUUUAUGAUCCCCCAGCAUUAGCUGCGGUGCCCAGCGAUCUUAUACAGAUCCUGAAAAGUGCUCCUGCUGUCCUUCCUGAACUUCUUCGAUCAUUCGCUCCAUACAUGCUCCUUCUUGGACUCUGUGUUGUUUUUGUCACAUGGAAUGGGGGUAUUGUGUUGGGGGACAAAUCAAACCAUGUACCGGUAAUUCACAUUCCUCAAAUGUAUUACUUUGUUGCUUUUGCGACCGCGUUUGGUUGGCCCAUCCUCAUUUCUGGAGACCGGGGUGUCAUUGGACUAAUCGGAGACAUACGAAACUGUAUGUUAGGAAGUAAGAGUCGUUCUUUCGGAACGCUCAUAACGUCGGCCAUUAUGGCUGUCACUGUGCGUAAAUACACAAUUCAUCACCCAUUCCUACUCUCCGAUAAUCGCCAUUACACUUUCUAUGUCUGGCGUCGAAUAUACAUGCUACAUCCUGUAGUACCGUACAUACUCAUUCCAGUUUACAUUGCUUGCGGAUGGGCGUGGUUUUUGCGUGUUGGUCGCGACCAAACCCUUCUUCAGACCUUGAUCCUUCCGGCGUUCGCAUUACUCACGCUCAUACCUACGCCUCUCUUAGAACCACGGUAUUUUCUCAUUCCGUACAUAUUGCUUCGAUCGCAGGUUGCAGAUGUACCUUUGUGGGGGAUGGUGUUAGAGGCAGGCUGGUACGCCGCGAUAAACGCUGUGACCAUGUUUGUGUUUUUAUAUCUACCAAGAGACGGUGUAGGUCGAUUUAUGUGGUGAAAUCAGAAAUGCCAACUGCUAGCACUAAGCACCCGUCUUUAAGUUUGAACCAGGCACGUGCUCAUC